AUGACGAUGCUUUCAAACUUCGCUCUGUCCGCCAGGCUUCUUGCGCUUAUUACGGUUGUUCAUGCCAGUAUCAUGGUCGAAGUCAUCGAUGGCUCAUUGGGCUUUGCAAGACGAGCGGGUGAUGGUCCUAUUGGAGUGCGUUUAACGAACAAGAACGAUGUGUCCUACCUGACACCUGUUCUUAUGGGAAAUCCUCCGCAAACGAUACAGAUGUCUCCCUCUCUUUCUCAAAAUUUCAUCGCAGUAGCAUCUCCUCCGACAGGCGUCAGCGACCAGUCCUUCUAUCACCCAUCCAUCUCAACGAGUUAUACGGCAGGCGUCGGAACUGCGUCAACUCAGACCAUUUCAGGAGGAUCUGUGCAAGGAAUAUACGCAGGCGAGACAUGUACUCUCCAGUCUGCAACGGCAGCUUCUGCCUUCAGCUACAAUGCAUCGAUCAUUUUGACGAACUCUGCGGUGACGAACGACUUGUACCCUAUUGGUGCACGUGGCGUUUUGGGUUAUGGCCUCGGCUCACCAAGUGAUGCACCUCCAAAUACAUCUCUCAUCGGUACAUUCUUACCCUCCAACUUUUCACACGCCGUCUGUGGUAUUGAGCUGAAUCAUUUCGAUGAUCCUGUUCCAGACGGCAUUUUGAUGAUGGGGGCAGUGGAUCCAACAGUAUUUACCGGAGACUUCACCAAUACGAUGGUGCCCGCAAACAGUCCCACUUCGUGGUCCAUUGCAUUCGACAAUCUCACGUAUAUAGCGAACGGGGUCAGCCAAAGCAUGGCCGGUAUGCUUGCCAGUGUCGAUAUGUAUCACUCUGACAUCCAGAUCACCUCGGACGCGGCCACCCAACUCUACGCCGGCGUUCCAGGUAGUCAAGCCAUCUCCAACGCCCAUUGGUCGAUCCCGUGCACGUCUAAGUUUCCGAUCACGCUCACAUUUUCUGGUACACCCUUUACAAUCAACGAACGUGAUACUAUCGUCAAGCAAGCCGACGGCAGCUGCAUUGGAGUUGUCAGCGGUGGAGCGCAGCUUGUUGGCAGGGUUGGAGCGCCGUUCAUGCGCAACGUUUACACACCAAGCCAAUGGUUCAGUCACUUUUGGUGUUGGGUUCGCGGCGAAGAAAUUACGGCAGGCAUCAGCAUCAGCAACAUCUCCGUCUACAAGUACCCAACCCCAAUUGACUGUCAAAGCAGCGGAUCUCAGUUGAACGUUCAAGAACUUGGACGUUCAUUGAGGGUUGCGAUAAUUUUAGCUUCUGUUGUAGUACUCUCAGGAUUGAACCUGGGGUAA